AUGGGCGCUGUUUACUCGUACCUCUUCGGCGAAAGCCCCUUCGACGCCUCGUGGCCCGCCUACGAGGAAAAGAUGCGCGCCGAGGGCCUCUCGAACGCCGCAAUCGCCGCCUUCAAGUACAACUUCAAGAUGCUCACCAGCGGCGCCAACCUGAUGAUUCCGGGCGAGAGCAUCCAGCCGGUCGAGUCGCUGCCCGACUACGCCUCGCUCACCACGGAGUACUGGUUGGUAGACCCAGUCCACUUGCGCACAACAGGCGGCCUCGGCACCGGCAUGGGCCUCGAGAAGGCAAAGUCGCUGCUCGACCUCAAGGAGGGGCGAAACUUCCUCGACUUCAUCGCGCUGCAGGCUGCAGAUGGAUUCCCUAGUUGA